AUGUCAACUAAUAUCAGUGCCCUAUCGACCGAACAGCGAAGCUUACUUGUAAGCGAUCGCUAUUCCCAAGAAGACCUCAAUAAGUUGCUCGGUUUCACUGAGCCAGCCAAACCUGAACCUCCAAGGCAGUCCAAGCCAUGGCAAGAAGAGUUUCUCGACUCACUUCCGAAGAAUAAAGUCGAAGAUACGCCUUGUAAAGGUAUAGUGACUUCUGCAUUGACAUUGAGAGAUGGCGACUGGAUCUUCUUUAAUCCUGAACGCAAGCCACGACUUAUACCUGCGAGCCAACUAAGAGGAGCUCGAAUCAACUUUUACCCCGAGGAGAAUCAAGAUCCAUCCGCAUACCGGAAUCCUCCGAUCCACGCUGGUCCUCGUCAGGGAGACCCUGCCGAUAUCAGGAGGGCUUGGGAGUUGGAGUAUGAGAAGUACGGAGAACACACCGCCAAUAAGCGGCACUUCGAGCGUCAAGCUGCAGUGCAGCGACGAGACAUCGUUGAUACCGGUCGAAGAGGGAAGAAAGUUGGCGAAGCCGCGGGACACGUCUUUGGCGAGAGGUGGAAUUUAGCGGACCGCUCGCGAGCGACGGCAUUCCACAGGAAGGUCGACCUAGCGAGGAGAGAAUUGGUAGAGCGAGGAGAGGUCGAAGAUGAAUAG